AUGAUCGUUAUUCUGGUGAAUGUGAAGGUGGUCUGCGGACACACCCACACGUUGGCGCUCACCGACGAGGGGUUGCUGUACGUCUGGGGUGGCAAUAGCUACGGUCAGCUGGGCACUAACAACAAGACCAACGCCUGUAAUCCGGUCAUACUGAACGUGCCUGAGAUGGGGAGAGUAUCGGACAUCGCAGCUCUGCACUACAAUCACAUUAGCGCAGCCGUCGGCGACGGCGGACGCGUCUUCAUGUGGGGUCAAUGCCGUGGCCAGAGUAUUAUGAGCCCGACCGUUACUCCGAUGGCGCAUCUGCACGAGGUGUUGGCCUGCUACGCCUCAUCGAAUGUCAUGCACAGGCCGCUAGUCCUGCGUGCCGACGAGGAGCUGAAUAUACUGGACUGUCUGAGGCAGGCGUUUGAUGAUCCCGAUGAGAAGCAACUUAGGGCUAUGUUAAUUUGCAAUCUGACGUUAUUACAAAGUAAAUAA